AUGAAAUUUGGUGAAUUUUGCAAAGAUGAUACAUCUGUUAUUGGUGGUGUUGGUAAUAAUUUUAAUGGUGAUAAUGUAAUUGGUGAAGUUGCUUUAGAAAGUGAUGAUUCUUCAAUAGAAGAUGAUGAUAAUUUUUUUGAAGGAGAUAAUGAAAUUGAUGAUGCUUUUGAAGUUUGUAUAGUUUGGCAUCAUAAUCCAAAAGAACGUUCAAAUCUUCAGACCGUACCCUUCGAGCUUGAUAAAUUAGUUUCCAACUACCAUCAAAAUAGAUUUUCUCAAAGUUUGAUUCCAAAGUAUAUUAAUCAACUUAUUGCUGAAUCUGUUGAUGUGUUAGAAGAUAAAGCAAAAGAAUGGAUCGAAGGUGCUAUUAAAAUAGAGUUAUUAAAUCAAUAA